AUGGCAAGGAACGUGAAGCCAGGAAGCGGUUGUUUCGACGAUGUCUUGUCAAAGGACUGCAACAUCCUUGUGCUAGGCUUGGGAGGAGGGGCGGACGCGCAGGGCGCAUAUGCCUUAGCUCGAUACUUGCAAACCCUUGAGCCGACCGCUGCAGUGACAUAUGGCACCGUGAAAGGAGUCAAAGGAGAAGAGAAAGUGCAGGACGCCUAUCCUAUUCCUGAUCUCAAUCAGCUGUUGUUCACACAAGAGAGAAAGCAUCAUCCGCAGUACUUGCAUGAGAACGUCGGCACCACAGAUGCCCCGAGGCCCAGGUGGGUGGGGACAGUCUUGUACGAGCAAACUAUACCACACCAGAAAGUUUUUGGAAGUGAAGUUAUGUCACCAAUCAUAUGCCGUCUAAAUGUAUCAGAUCCUGCACAACAUGAGAAGUUAGCACAUGAUUUGUACAGACUGAGUAUGCAGUUCGCAAACAAACCUUGGGAUAUUGUGGUUGGUCUAGAUCACGGUGGAGAUGUUCUAGGAGGGAUAGAAGAAGGGGGAUCUGGUAGGGACAUAAUCAUGUCGAGAGUUUUGGACAACAUGGUCUCGAAUAUCCAGAAGGCCGGCCGUUUUCUGAUAUCGUUGCAUGGCCUGUGCAUAGAUGGAGAAAAUUACUGUGAUGAAAUGACGACAAAGAUCGAGCGAAUGAUUGAGCGAGAUGCAUAUUUGGGUCGUUAUCCAAUAUCUGACUUGCAGGGCUGGCUUCGUCCGGUUUGUGAAGGGAUGCAAAGUACCAAGACUCCGAUCAUAAUGCUGGAUGCUUUGGACGGAAAACUCGAGGUCAAAUCUCACUACAACAGAAGUCAACCAGGCGGAGAAAGACCCUUCCAAGAGUCUGAACUUGAUGUGUUUGGCGAACCAGUUGGCCAAUUAGUACAGUGUACGACACGGCAUCAUCAGAAGGAAGAUGGUUCGAAGCUUUCAGGACCCAUAAUCCCUGUCAAGUGGGCAACAUCGGGAUAUUUGUUUGAUGGACACAUUCUGACCAACGUGUUACGAACCGUUCAAUGA